CCCCCGAAGUUCCGCGCCCUCGUCCCUGGACUGCAGGGCGCCCGCGCCGGCCCCGGCCCAAGAGUCCUCGGAAGAGCGGCCGGGUGGGGGCAAUGGAACCAGCUGCGCCUACCCGCCAGGCCCCGGCCGCAGCCAGCAAGCUGUCGGAGGCGGUGGGCGCGGCGCUGCAAGAUCCCCGGCGGCAGCGGCGCCUGGUGCUGGUCAUCGUGUGCGUGGCGCUAUUCCUGGACAACAUGCUGUACAUGGUCAUCGUGCCCAUCGUGCCCUACUACAUGCGAGCUGCCAGCGAGAUGCCCACCCCGACCUCCAAAAUAUCUGUGCCCAACCUGCCGACGCCUAUUCCGGCCAAUGCCAGUACCAGCACGGUCAAUUCCUCAGAGUCCUCGACGGGCGGGAUGCCGACCGGGUCUGCGGAGCAGCACCACUACCCCGCGGACAGCGAGGACGUGAAGAUCGGGGUACUGUUUGCCUCCAAGGCUAUCCUGCAGCUGCUGGUGAACCCCCUGAGCGGGACCUUCAUCGACCGCAUGAGCUAUGACUUGCCGCUGCUUAUGGGCCUGGGCGUACUGUUCGCCUCUACAGUGAUGUUUGCCUUCGCAGAGGGCUACGCGAUGCUCUUCGCCGCGCGCAGCCUGCAGGGUCUCGGCUCUGCCUUCGCGGAUACGUCCAGCAUUGCCAUGAUCGCUGACAAGUAUCCUGAGGAGCCUGAGCGCAGUCGCGCGCUAGGCUGGGCGCUGGCCUUCAUCAGCUUCGGAAGUCUAGUGGCGCCGCCCUUCGGGGGGUUCCUUCACGAGUUCGCGGGCAAGACCGCGCCCUUCCUGGUGCUCGCCAUCGUUUCCCUGCUCGACGCCCUGUUGCUGCUGGCGGUAGCCAAGCCCUUCUCGGCUGCGGCGCGGGCGCGGGCCAACCUGCCGGUGGGCACGCCCAUCCACCGUCUCAUGCUGGACCCUUACAUCGCCGUGGUGGCAGGGGCGCUUACCACCUGCAACAUUCCCCUCGCCUUCCUCGAGCCCACCAUCGCCACGUGGAUGAAGCACACGAUGGCUGCAUCCGAGUGGGAGACCGGCCUGGCCUGGUUGCCGGCCUUCGUGCCGCACGUGCUAGGCGUCUACCUCACAGUGCGACUGGCGGCGCGCUACCCUCACCUGCAGUGGUUGUAUGGCGCGUUCGGUCUGGCAGUAAUCGGUGCCAGCUCGUGCUUGGUGCCUGCCUGCCGCUCCUUCGCACCACUAGUGGUCUCCCUCUGCGGCCUCUGCUUCGGUAUUGCGCUGGUGGACACGGCGCUGCUGCCCACGCUCGCCUUUCUUGUGGACGUGCGCCACGUCUCGGUCUAUGGUAGUGUCUACGCCAUCGCCGACAUAUCCUACUGCGUGGCCUAUGCUCUCGGGCCCAUAGUGGCGGGCCACAUUGUGCACUCGUUUGGCUUUGUGCAGCUUAGCCUUGGCAUGGGCCUGGUCAAUCUGCUCUACGCACCCGUCCUACUGCUGCUGCGCAACGUGGGCCUCUUGAAGCGCUCCCGCUCAGAGCGCGAUGUGCUGCUGGAUGAGCCGCCGCAGGGUCUGUACGAUGCUGUGCGCCUGCGUGAGCGCCCUGUGUCCGACUGGGACCGCGAGCCUCGCAGCCCACCUGGCCCCUUUGACGAGUGCGAGGACGGCUACGACUACUACACUCGCAGCUAGCAUCCCCGCUCCUCCUCCUGGCCACCCACACCCUCCCCACUCUACCCCCACUCCCGGGUCAGGGUGGCUGCACUGUGAGCACACUGGCCACCUCAGGCUCAGGGCCCGCCCCCUCCAGCGAGUACCCCAGCCCCUCCUUUGUCUUUAUUUCCCUUGCCUGGGUCCCUUGUCUAUGACCCUUUCUGUGUCCCCCUCUCUCUCGUCCACUGGGGCGUAGAGCACUGAGGUGCGUGAAUUGAUGUACUUCUGGCAGAGAUGAAGAGAAGCGCCGGCGGUCUCCUUGGGGCUCCCCCGUGUAGACCUGUGCCUCUGUCUGUCCUUCCUUCCGUUCCUCCUAGUGCCAACUUGGCCCGCUGCACCGCGGUGCCUCGGGCCGAAUCAA